AUGGAUAACCGGGGUAGUGAAACCGGUGAGUCUGGCGCCAGUGACUCAGACACACUGUCGAAGGAGACUCAAGACUUCUUCAGAUCACAUCUCAGGAAAUUCGAAUACUCGGAUCCUAGAUCUAUGUUCCCGCCACGAAGAUCUCCCCGCUUCGCAACCUCUCCUACGGCCCAUGGGAGCGGCGUGGUCCCUGGGUCUGCUUCCGACCCCCGAUCCAGUUCAAAGCGACGGCGACAAAGCUCAAAUGCUGCUGAGACCGGCACAAGUAGAGAACAAGCGAGCAUCCAUUUACCCACGCCUGAGGCUGCAGCUCCAAGGCCAAAGAAGAAGCGGAGUACGACCAAGGACCGAUCUGCAAAAGACCCACAUAACCCUGUCAGCAACCUCGUGGAUAGUCUGCGCCCUGGGCUAACGCUGGUGAUGAUCGGGCUCAAUCCUGGACUCAUGACAGCCGCAACUGGGCAUGCCUAUGCGCAUCCAUCAAAUCGGUUCUGGCAUAUCCUUCAUGCCAGUGGGAUCACGCCGAAGAAGCACUUGCCUCCUGAGACGAGGGAUUUGAUGGACCUGUAUCAGAUUGGGAACACCAACAUUUGCGCUCGGCCCACGCGAAGUGGUGAUGGCUUGACAAGGCAAGAGAUGCAAGAAGGUGCUGCUAUUCUUGAUAAGAAGAUUGCCGAAUUCCGUCCGCAAGCAGCGGUGAUCGUGGGCAAGAGUAUUUGGGAGGCAAUCUGGAUAAUGAAGAAAGGAGAGCACAGGUUCAAAGAUCCCAGCUUCCAUUGGGGGUGGCAGGAUGAAGAAAUGCAGCUGGGAAGGGUCUUGGCUGGCAAAGACGUAUUAUGGCCCGGUGCGAAGACAUUCGUAGCCACUUCCACCAGUGGUUUGGCAGCUACAUUGACGCCGGCGGAGAAACUUGAGAUCUGGACACCGUUGGGGGAAUGGAUGACGGCAAAGCGCAAGGAAGCUGAGUCGUCAAUCGAUCAUGCCGCUUCGUUUACUGAGCGGCCAUCUCGGACCGGCUGCGGGUCCAAUUCGGCCUAG